AAUUUGAUCUCAUAAAGGACAUCUGAUUGCUGUUUGAGACUUCACAUCUGGCAGUCGACCGUUCAGAACGUCUUAAAGAUACACACGAUGUUGGUAAAACUCAGCGUUGUGCUGUUGGUGGUGUUCGUAGCAUCCACCAGCUUGGCCAAGAAAAGGACAAGACAUGUUUUAAGUAAGAGAGCGAACGGUACGUCAUCUUAUUACUUUCAAAAUUAUAAACAAGUAUUAUAGGGACUACUUUUAUUGAUUUGGUUUAUGAAAAAAAAAACCUUUGACCGAAUGACCGCCAAAGACUUAUUUAAAAAAACGCUAUGUAUUAGUUUUUUUUAUUUUUAUCUGAUACAUGUAAAAUAAUUAAUAGAGCUAGUCAUUUAUAAAUACCAUUUCUGAAAUAAAUCUAACACAAUGUGAUGAAAAAACCUUUGGCCUAUCAACCUCUUGGAUUGCGCUUCACAUGGCAUUAUUUUCAUUGCACUAACAACUGCAUUACAUUUUUUUUUAAACAAUAAACUGAUACAUCAACUUUCUCCCUACCAACAAAUUGAUAUCUUACCUCUGUCAGUGUUGAAACUUUAAAAAAAAAAUUCAUUUUCAUUUUACCUACAACCUGUUACAUUAAAAAAAUCAUUCCAAUAAUCUGAUAAUUACCUUUCUCUAUACUGACAACACAUUACCUUUCUCUAUACUGACAACACAUUACCUUUCUCUAUACUGACAACACAUUACCUUUCUCUAUACUGACAACACAUUACCUUUCUCUAUACUGACAACACAUUACCUUUUUCGAUGGCUAAACUCUAAUGCUUUGCCUUUCUCUACACCUAUUAAAAUGAUAAGGUAAAUUUCUGUAUACGAAACGCUCGGCUUCAUUCCAUUGACGUCAUUAGAAUUGGCGUCACCUAGUGCGAUAUUCUCAUGAUGUUGCCCCCUCCGCCCGACUCCGCCCCCCCCCUACAUAGUUACCCCACAACAGACUUCUCUAAAAAAAAACCUCCCCCACCGCUUGACUUCUUCCACUGACCUUCCCAUUCCCCGUGUUAAGUCUAUGAUGCGAUUUUCUUAUCAACUUUAUGUUCCAGCUAAAUGUGAAGAAUAUGAAUCCUUGUGCCCUCGAGAUCGCACACAAUGUAUUAAAAAUGAUAUGAUUUGUGACACUGUAUCAGACUGUAUUUCGGGCAAUGAAGAGGAAGACUGUCGUGAGUACUUUUUACAGAAAUAGACAUAUCUAUCAUUGUCCCUUUUUUCUAAAUAGUAACACAUUUGAAUGAGACAAGAGUAUACAUUGUAGAUCGUAGAUGGUUCUUUGUAGCCAAAUACAUCAAAUGAUAUUGUCCAAAUUCAAUUAUUUAUUAUGUUCUAAUAAAGCGAAUAUCAUAAGAUCUCAUCAACCACUGUGCAGCGAUUACUUUUGAAAUAUACCGCAACCAAAUGAAAACUUAUGAAAUAUUAGUGUGGGGCACUUGACACAGUGCGGUGUCGUUGGUGGAACGGAAUAUUGAAAAAAAAAAUAAUAAUAAGUUGACGGGUUGUAUUCGUCGCUAACAUGCCGUAGACAAGUAGUUCUUAUCUUUGUUUGACAUGUUCGGGACCCUAACUAAAAUAAUAUUUUUGGCGGCACUCCUCGUAUCUCUCUCUAUAUAUAUCUUUAUAAAAUAUCCUUCAAGAUAAUGACACUGAAUGAUUUUUUUUUUCAAGUCUCCAAAAAUAAUCACCGCGAUGUAUUUUUAUUUCUGGUCAUACUGUUGAUUUAUUCGUCACAAAUAACUCAAUAGUAUUGACAUAGGUAACAGUAACAGUCAGCCCUAUGUGACAACAUUCAGCCUACCGUGCGUGUAACAUAAUUUGUGACAUUACAGCUUUCUGCUGAACAAUUCUGAUGUAUUCCAGAAAAAGAGACGGGGGGGGGGUGUGAACCACGACAUGUUACAAAAUAAAAAAGUGUUUCCCAAUAUUUCGUGUUCCACGCACCAAAAAGAAAAAAAAAGAAAAAGAGCACAAUAAUUUCCUCCCCCUCCCCCCACCCCAUUUUCGCCUACCUCCCUCAGUGGCACAAAAAAAAAAUAGGUCAAUUCGGUGGCGUUAAGAAAUUUCAUUUUGAACGUUCCACCCGUUUUAGGCCUUAAGAUUCAACAUUAUACUAUGAAACUAUUAGUGAAAGUGAAAUAUAUGUGUAUGUAAUUAAUGACACACCAUCGCGGUGGUUAACUUAAAAAAAAACAAAUUGUCAUGUUUAACUUUGAAAACCAGCUUUUCCCACCUUUGAAAUCUAAGUUCAUUAUCUCAGAGCCAAAGCGUCACUCACUGCCAUGAUCAGAAAUUCCGCCUGUGAAGGGGGGGGGUGGUGGUGUACGAUGUCCGAUUGAAAAUCAAUGCCGUGAACAAAAAACAUCGUAAACGCCUCUGCAACUCAGUGGCCGGCUUGACAGCCAGAAGCGUUGCAGUUAUGUAUACCCAAAACAUCGGGGAGAAAUGCAUUUUUGUGUUUCGUCCAUCACACCAAGGUGACCAAGGUCAUUUUGGAGAAGUAGCGUCACUUGACUUCAGCUGUACAGCUAGUGCUCGACUUAAGACCUAUGCAACUUACGACCAUUCGACUUUACGAUCACAACUAGCCAUACUUUAUAAGAGUUCAGAUUUAUUUCUACCUUAGUCAUCAUUCGAAUGUCGUUGUCUGCAAUCAGCUGCGGUCGUCAACAUCAAACUUUAUGAUUUAUAACAAUAAUAAAAGAAAUGUACGAUAUAAUUUGACUUAAAUAUUUUUAUAACAUCACUUCACAUUACUUUACGCAUAGCGUACUCAAAUUACAACCAAAUCGCGUUACGACCGGUCAGUCGGAACCGAUCGUGGUCGUGAGUCGAGCACUAGCUGUAUUGUGUGAAUCUCAUACCGCCUACGGGACUCCAUCUUCGCGUUUGAUUUAGAGUUCGCCUUCUCUUAGAGGGGUUGCUUGCCACUCAAGUUCUGUAUUACAAAAAUAACCGACUAAAGUAAAGUUGACUGGCUUAUUCCCCACACAGCCACGGACUGCUCAGGUGAGAACCAGUUCAAGUGUCCUGAUGGCAAAUGUAUAUCCAGAAGGUGGCUGUGUAACUCAUUCAAUCAUUGUGGGGACGGGGCCGAUGAGAAGGAUUGCGGUAAGGAAGCAAUAAUAAUAAUGGAGACACUCCAAAUAAAAAUAGUAGCAAUAAUAAAAAUAUAAUAGCAAUAAUUAAAAUGAUUUUUAUUCAAUAUACACUGAGGUAGCGUUUUGUCUGAGAUAUUUAAGAAGCUACUCCAACACCUUCAAUUAGUACUUUAACCAAAAUCCUAUAGGCUUUAUGCUCAUGUAUUGUACUGGUCUAAUGUGUACAAAUAACUUAUUCUACUGGUCUAAUGUGUACAAUCCAUGUAUUGUACUGGUCCAAUGUGUACAAUCCAUGUAUUGUACUGGUCCAAUGUGUACAACUCAUGUAUUGUACUGGUCCUAUGUGUACAACUUAUGUAUUGUACUGGUCCAAUGUGUACAACUCAUGUAUUGUACUGGUUGAAUGUGUAUAACUCAUGUAUUGUACUGGUAUAAUGUGUACAACUCAUGUAUUGUACAGGUCCAAUGUGUACAACUCAUGUAUUGUACUGUUCUAAUGUGUACAACUCAUGUAUUGUACUGGUCCAAUGUGUACAACUCAUGUAUUAUACUGGUUGAAUGUGUACAAAUCAUGUAUUGUUCUGGUAUAAUGUGUACAACUCAUGUAUUGUACUGGUCCAAUGUGUACAACUGAUGUAUUGUACUGGUCCAAUGUGUACAACUCAUGUAUUGUACUGGUCCAAUGUGUGCAACUCAUGUAUUGUACUGGUCCAAUGUGUACAACUCAUGUAUUGUACUGGUAUAAUGUGUAAAACUCAUGUAUUGUACUGGUCUAAUGUGUACAACUCAUGUAUCGAACUGGUCCAAUGUGUACAACUCAUGUAUUGUACUGGUCCAAUGUGUACGACUCAUGUAUUGUACUGGUCUAAUGUGUACAACUCAUGUAUUGUACUUGUCCAAUGUGUACAACUCAUGUAUUGUACUGGUCUAAUGUGUACAACUCAUGUUUUGCACUGGUCCAAUGUGUACAACUCAUGUAUUUUACUGGUCCAAUGCGUACAACUCAUGCAUUGUACUGGUCCAAUGUGUACAACUCAUGUAUCGUACUGGUCUAAUGUGUACAACUCUUGUAUUGUACUUGUCUAAUGUGUACAACUCAUUAUCGUACUGGUCUAAUGUGUACAACUCAUGUAUUGUACUUGUCUAAUGUGUACAACUCAUGUAUUGUACUGGUCUAAUGUGUACAACUCAUGUAUUUUACUAGUCCUAUGUGUAUAACUCAUGUAUUGUACUGUCCAAUGUGUACAACUCAUGUAUUGUACUGUACUAAUGUGUACAACUCAUGUAUCGUACUGGUAUAAUGUGUACAACUCAUGUAUUGUACUGGUCCAAUGUGUACAACUCAUGUAUUUUACUUGUCCUAUGUGUAUAACUCAUGUAUUGUACUGGUCCAAUGUGUACAACUCAUGUAUUGUACUGGUCGAAUGUGUACAACUCAUGUAUCGUACUGGUCUAAUGUGUACAACUCAUGUAUUGUACUUGUCCAAUGUGUACAACUCAUGUAUUGUACUGGUCGAAUGUGUACACAUCAUGUAUUUUCUUGUCUAAUGUGUACAACUCAUGUAUUGUACUGGUUUCUAAUGUGUACAACUCAUGUAUUGUACUGGUCCAAUGUGUACAACUCAUGUAUUGUACUGGUCGAAUGUGUACAACUCAUGUACUGUACUGGUCUAAUGUGUACAACUCAUGUAUCGUACGUGUCUAAUGUGUACAACUCAUGUAUUGUACUGGUCCAAUGUGUACAACUCAUGUAUUAUACUGGUUGAAUGUGUACAAAUCAUGUAUUGUUCUGGUAUAAUGUGUACAACUCAUGUAUUGUACUGGUCCAAUGUGUACAACUGAUGUAUUGUACUGGUCCAAUGUGUACAACUCAUGUAUUGUACUGGUCCAAUGUGUAAAACUCAUGUAUUGUACUGGUCAAAUGUGUACAACUCAUGUAUUGUACUGGUCCAAUGUGUGCAAUUCAUGUAUUGUACUGGUCCAAUGUGUACAACUCAUGUAUUGUACUGGUUGAAUGUGUACAACUAAUGUAUUGUACUGGUAUAAUGUGUACAACUCAUGUAUUGUACUGGUCCAAUGUGUACAACUCAUGUAUUUUACUGUUCUAAUGUGUACAACUCAUGUAUUGUACUUGUCUAAUAUGUACAACUCAUGUAUCGAACUGGUCCAAUGUGUACAACUCAUGUAUUGUACUGGUCCAAUGUGUACAACUCAUGUAUUUUACUGGUCGAAUGUGUACAACUCAUGUAUUGUACUGGUCCAAUGUGUACAACUCAUGUAUUGUACUGGUCUAAUGUGUACAACUCAUGUAUUGUACUGGUCCAAUGUGUACAACUCAUGUAUUGUACUGGUUUAAUGCAUAUAACUCAUAUAUUGUACUGGUCUAAUGCAUAUAACUCAUGUAUUGUACUGGUCUAAUGCAUAUAACUCAUAUAUUGUACUGGUCUGAUGCAUAUAACUCAUAUAUUGUACUGGUGUAAUGCAUAUAACUCAUAUAUUGUACUGGUCUAAUGCAUAUAACUCAUAUAUUGUACUGGUCUAAUGCAUAUAACUCAUAUAUUGUACUGGUCUAAUGCAUAUAACUCAUGUAUUGUACUGGUCUAAUGCAUAUAACUCAUAUAUUGUACUGGUCUAAUGCAUAUAACUCAUAUAUUGUACUGGUCUAAUGCAUACAACUCAUAUAUUGUACUGGUCUAAUGUGUAUAACUCAUAUAUUGUACUGGUCUAAUGCAUAUAACUCAUAUAUUGUACUGGUCUAAUGCAUAUAACUCAUAUAUUGUACUGGUCUAAUGCAUAUAACUCAUAUAUUGUACUGGUCUAAUGCAUAUAACUCAUAAAUUGUACUGGUCUAAUACAUAUAACUCAUGUAUUGUACUGGUCUAAUGCAUAUUACUCAUGUAUUGUACUGGUCUAAUGAAUAUAACUCAUGUAUUGUACUGGUCUAAUGCAUAUAACUCAUGUAUUGUACUGGUGUAAUGCAUACAACACAUGUAUUUUACUGGUCUAAUGCAUAUAACUCAUGUAUUGUACUGGUCUAAUGCAUAUAACUCAUAUAUUGUACUGGUCUAAUGCAUAUAACUCAUAUAUUGUACUGGUCUAAUGCAUAUAACUCAUAUAUUGUACUGGUAUAAUGCAUAUAACUCAUAUAUUGUACUGGUCUAAUGCAUAUAACUCAUAUAUUGUACUGGUCUAAUGCAUUCAACUCAUAUAUUGUACUGGUCUAAUGCAUACAACUCAUAUAUUGUACUGGUCUAAUGCAUACAACUCAUAUAUUGUACUGGUCUAAUGCAUACAACUCAUAUAUUGUACUGGUCUAAUGCAUACAACUCAUAUAUUGUACUGGUCUAAUGCAUACAACUCAUAUAUUGUACUGGUCUAAUGCAUACAACUCAUAUAUUGUACUGGUCUAAUGCAUAAAACUCAUGUAUUGUACUGGUCGAAUGUGUACAACUCAUGUAUUAUACUGGUCUAAUGCAUACAACUCAUGUAUUGUACUGGUCUAAUGCAUACAACUCAUGUAUUGUACUGGUCCAAUGUGUUCAACUCAUGUAUUUUACUGGUCUAAUGUGUAAAUUGAAGAUUAUCACAUCCGCCAAUGCCCAUCCUUCAAGAUAACUUUUAAAUAUUCGUUCAGAUAAACUUGUGUGUGCGCCGGGAAAAAUCAAGUGUCCCACUGGAAGUUGCAUAUAUAAGGACGAUUUCUGUGACAAAUGGAAUGACUGCGGCGAUCAUUCUGAUGAGCCAAAGUCUUGUGGUGAGAAAACUAUUACAUUCUAUCUUUUAUUAUAAUAACGUAAGACCUGUAAUCCAAGACUUUUUACCAUUUUUUUUUAUAUAAGGUAGUUGUAAUGAACUGUCUGUCUGUUCAUUACAGUUAAAUCUGUUCAGGUGUACAAGAAGGUAUAUAAGUUUAUUUAUGAUUGUCCACCAGUAGGUGAAGAAAUUUAUCCAUGGCUCAUUACCAGAAGGUGUAGAUACAUUUCUAUAAUUCUGUAUUGGAUUAUUAAUAAAGUUUCCCAUAUUCCUGUAUUAGAAAGUGUAGAAAAUCGCUAUGUUCAGAAACCUUGUACAGGCCACAACUAUUAAGAGAUAUGUAAACUUUGCAUGAAUUUUAAUGAUGAACCGAUAUUUUCAUAAUUAAAUCUCACAUUACUCAAUGUACUGGUUUAAAUAAUAUUGCAAUUUCAGAUUGUAAUAAACAUUAUUAUUUAAUAAAAUUGAUGAUUUUUUUAUAUUUUGUUAAAAGAAUAUUACGCGAUACCAGGAAAGAGAUCCGUCCAUGAAAAAAAACGUACCAUCACCAAAAGACAAGGUAAGUUCAGUUAUAAUUAUGAAACAGUCUACAUUUAGUUCAAGGCAUUGUACACUACGACUUAGAAAUUGAUUAUUUCUGCUUUAGUUUUAGUAAUAUUAUUGUGUUCCAAGAAAGAAAUUCUUCUUAAUUCCAAAUAAUGACGACUGUAAUAUGACAUUCCUUACCAAUAGGAAUAAAUGCAAUGUCCCAGAACUGAAAAACUUCCUUUGUUAUGAAUGAGGUACUCGCUGAAAUACUCUGCAAAUCAACCCCGUGGAGAUGAAAGAAAUUCUGAAACACUUGUCGAUUUCAAAGUAUUUUUCUUGCAGUGAUAUUUGUAGAAGUUUUCUCUAACUUCCAGAUGGCGCAAUCCUUCUUGGGCCAAUCACAACUGACGCAUAAGUCUCCAGAUAAACCGUAAUAAAAAAGACCGUAAUAUUAUGAUAUACAAGUAGGCUAGUCAAUGAAAGCUACAUUCAAUUUAAAUAAAAUAAAUUUAUCGCGAUACAUUUACACAUUUACACAUGAAAUCAUUUCAGCCUAUUGAGCUACCAAUAAGUAUUAGUCUACUUAUAUGAACUUUGGCAUAGAAAGAACAAAUGAGUGGGUGUGACCUUGAAAAUGUUUAACUUUAUUUUUGCCAUUGCCACUGAGUGUCACUCUAAUACAAAUACACAUUUAUUCCUAUUGCUUAGUUAUAUAGUCUCAAAAAUGUAUACCCUGUAUUAGUGUUAAUAAAAUUUAUUAAAAAAAAAACCCAGUAAUAAUUAUCUAAACGAAACUUUUACUUCUCCAUUAUCGUAAUUUGUUUGACAGUGUCUUACGCACUUACUUGUAUUGGGAGAAAUUAAUCUCCUAUGUUGAUUUUAAUUGGCUCGUUGUAAACAGUGCCUAACAAAGGACGAUACCAUAGAAUCAACAAUAUUAAAGGCACGACACCCAAAGCAGUUUCUAGUUACAAUUAAUAAGAUUUAUUAAGUCUUAAUAUAAUUACAAAAGAAAAUAUAAUAUAAUGACAAUCUUCAACUUACAGUAUGGUAGUUCUUGUACCGGUACACAGUUAAUACAGUUAGAAUAAUGUGCCAAUGAAUAAUGAUGAAGUGCGAAAUAAACACAUAUGAGUAUGAGCGCACAAAUACAAAAGGAAUAAUACACGAAUCGUAAAGUUAAUAUCUAUCUGAAUCUCCGUCCCUCCGUCCGUGCCUGUCAAUCCUUUAUAUAGGUGGGUCUACCGACGCCUAAGCCCUGCCUUCGGGUAGCUACAUAGCAUUUCUAGAACAAUCACAAUCAUUCUACAAAAUACUAUUUGGAACAGAUUAAUUAUUUUUAGUGGCUGUCCGCAUAAACAAGACAGAUCAACAGACUAAGCCACACCCAUCUGUGAACACAGUGUCUCAUGCGGGGUCAAUCAGAGUGCACGCACGAGAAAAAAUUUUCUAAACAAGCUCUAUAUAACAAAACUUUUUACCCUACAUCAACCGUUAAUCUUUAGAUUUAUCAGCAACAUAGCAGUGGCUUAACAUAUUACCUCUAUAGUUUUAUCUGCAACAUAGUAGUGAAUUAACACAUUACCUCUAGUUUUAUUUGAAACAUACCACUGACUUAAUUUGUCACACAUAGAGUUUUAUCUGCAACGUAGCAGUGACUUAAUAUGUCAUAAAUAUAGUUUUAUCUGCAACAUAGCACUCACUUAAUACGUCACACAUAUAGUUUUAUCUGCAACGUAGCAUUGACUAAAUACAUCACAUAUAGUUUUAAUCUGCAACGUAGCAGCGACAUAAUACGUCACAUAUAGUUUUAUCUGAAACAGCACUUACAUAAUACGUCACAUUUACAGUUUUAUGCGCACCGUCAUUCUUGUGUUGAGUUACAUACUAGAGAAAGUUCUGGUCAGAUACAUAAGUAGAAUAGAUGAAUGAAAUGAUUUAAGGCCAGUUAUGGCACACAGUUUAUAUGAUACAAUGCACACCUAUUUAUAUUUUAGGUAAGAUAUAAAAUACACUUUAGAUCAGUGGUUCUCCAAUGUUUUGUCUAAAGCAUUUAUAACAUUAUAAGAAUAAGCUGUACCCCAACGCUAUCAUAUGCAUAUAAAACACGGACAGUCUAUCAGCCCCAUGUACGGAAACUAAACCACUUUCACAUGAUACGAUACGCCUCCUAAAAAUCCUAAGCAACAAAUGGCAAAACAAGAUCCUAGACACCGAAGUAUCGCACAGGCAGGUCACCCCAGCAUACACGCCUUAUUAAUGCAGUCUCAGCUUGGCUGGAUGGGCCAUGGUGCAAGAAUGUCAGACAAGCGCUUGCUCAAAAGUAAAAAAAAAAUGUAUUUUGACCUCAAGAAGGAAGGCUGUUGGCUGGUAAACGAAAGAAACGCGUUAAAACAACUUUGACAGGUGGGAAAGCUGAGUUUCUAAUUUAGCUUUUGAAAUUGUUUAUAUCAGUCCUGAUAAUCAGUAAUUUAGUAUGAAACUGUCUUAUCAAGUGAAUCCCUUGUUGAGAUUGUGGUAAAGAAAUGUCUCAUCAAGUGAAUACUUUGUUUAGAAUGUGGUAAAGAAAUGUCUCAUCAAGUGAUUCCCUUGUGCAGAUUGUGGUAAAGAAAUGUCUCAUCAAGUGAUUCCCUUGUUCAGAUUGCGUUAUACAAUUAUCUCAUUAAGGGAAUCCCUGAUCAAAGUGCGGUAUGAAACUGUCUCAUCGUGUGAAUCCCUUGUUCAGAUUGCAUUACGAAACUGCCUCAUCAAGUGAAUUCGAUAUUCAGAUUGCGAUAUUUAACGGUCUCAUCAAGUGCAUUCCUCUCAGGCGUGAUUCUCUCUCAGCUGUGAUUGCGAUUGAAAAAAUAUUCACAUUAAAAAUUUUCAUAACAUUUUUUUAAAAAAUCCUAUGGGAAAAUGACAUAUCUUAUCGCUUUUCACUGAUUGCUGUUAAACAGCAUUUUAUUACAGUUUUACUCUCUGCAUUGUGUUUCAUUGUUUUGGUGUUUCAAUAUUUAGGUGUUUCAGUGUUUAGAUGUUUGAGUGUUUAUUUCAGUGUUUCAAAUACACAAAUGAAUACGUUAAAAAGAAUGAAUAUAUUUGAUUGACAAUAUUUAAUUUCUGUUAGUCAGUUAAUGCACAUUUUCAUUUAUAUUGUCAUUCUCCGACUGUACCAAGUCUUAUAACAUAUGUUUGGACCUAAAUGUACUUAAAAGGUAGAGCUAAAGUGUCAACCACUCUUCUCCCACUCCGUUUUUAAAGAUAUAUAUUUUUUUAUAAAUUAAAAAUAAAUUGAUCUUGACAUCACCUAUGAAACAUCUAACGCUCGAUCACACUUUUCCUUUCCUAGAGUUUUUUAGACUGCUAUCGAGUGAUGCAAGUUCUAGAAUUCUUUUCCCUGAGGUUUACAUUUUCUCUCUACAUAUAACAUUUUAUAAGGCGGCAGCUUUUAAAGACAGAGAGAGAUUUUUGCUACGGCUCCUGUCAACGACACAUGUAAAUAGGAGUCUUACAAGGCUGUACUCUUUGUGUGUUUAUGUGUGUAAAUAUUAUUAUGUGUGUGGGUAUUCAAGGAUUAUACUUUUUCAACUUACGGUGCUGUAAGUUAAUACAGUUUUUACUUCUGUUUACCGGUACCGUAUUCGAUUUUUGUAUUUUUUAUAAAAAUUUAAUAGAGUACUCGGUAGUUGAAUAUCGUUAAGGUCAUCAGCUUUUGUAUAGUUUUUCUUUGUAUGCUGGUUUUCAGUCCUUUGUUAUGUACUGUUCAACAAUGGCAACAAAUCUUAAAACAGAUUAAAUUUGUGAAAACAUUAACAACUACUGCUGCAAAACACAAUAGGAAUACAGAGCUAUAAAAUUCGAAAUAAAGAAAACCAUCGACAGAAUGUCACCCCCCUCCCCUACCCCCACGUUUAUUGUAGGCACGUAUUUACCAAAGAUCUUAAAGCCUGUCGUUAAAACUAUUGAUUAGUAAUAAUUCUGACCUUCCCAAAUGGAACAUAUUGAUUUUUAGUGUGCAGAAGUAUUUUAGAAUAAAUUUACAAGUUAGCAAUUUGAAAAAGGACCUCAGCAAAUAGUAGUAGACUUCAUUACAAUCUACAGCUGGGGUCCUCAAUCUUUUUUAAAUAAAGGGCCUCAGCAAAUAGUAGUAGACUUCAUUACAAUCAACAGCUGGGGUCUUCAAUCUUUUUUAAAUAAAGGGCCUCAGCAAAUAGUAGUAGACUUCAUUACAAUCUACAGCUGGGGUCUUCAAUCUUUUUUAAAUAAAGGGCCUCAGCAAAUAGUAGUAGACUUCAUUACAAUCAACAGCUGGGGUCUUCAAUCUUUUUUAAAUAAAGGGCCUCAGCAAAUAGUAGUAGACUUCAUUACAAUCUACAGCUGGGGUCUUCAAUCUUUUUUAAACAUAGGGCCUCAGCAAAUAGUAGGAGACUUCAUUACAAUCUACAGCUGGGGGUCUUCAAUCUUUUUUAAACAUAGGGCCUCAGCAAAUAGUAGUAGACUUCAUUACAAUCUACAGCUGGGGUCUUCAAUCUUUUUUAAACUUAGGGCCGUUUUAGCUGUCUUUCAGGUACUCUAGUUGACGGAAGAUAAUUUAGCAAAAAUUAAAAAAAAAUUGUAUACAUAUAUCUUAUGUUUGUCCAAAAACAAAUGAUAUACGAUUUUCAAUUGUAAUCGUUGGUCUGCUUUUGGCGAAUGAGAUGACCAAUGUCCGUUUACAUACUUAGAACUGCCGCUCGGGUAACCAGAGUCAUGAUCAUGCACAAUAAAUCCAUUUGUAGCGGAGUUUGUUAGCGUUUAUGCCAGGGACAACGCUUUUUUCCCCCAAAGUUUGACAUGUAAAGGUUACAUUGUAUUCAAAAUAAGGGAAGAAAAACACAUUGGUCUGGACCAGUGGUCGGCAAAUUGCGGAUCGCUGCAGGCUGCUUUUUAACGAACCUUAGCGGCUCGACCAGUCGGCGACAAAUCGGUUUUGUCUCUGAAAAGAUGGUCCUCGACAGGUUUUUGAAAAUAAAAUUGGCACUCAAAAUUUCAAUUUUUUAAAAUCAUCCUGCUUCUGAUUUUUCGCUCUUUUGACUAAUGGGUUUGCCGGCCACUGGCUUAAAACAACAGUAUCUAUGUACAGUUAUUUGGAUACGUUUGGAUCACUUAAGGAGUCUUGGCAAAGCCACGAAGUCUGGGUAAUGGGAUUUUAUGGAGAAUCAACUGUUUCCCAAUCAAAAGUUCUCCCUUCUCAACACAGUUAUGGUGUCAAGGAAACAUAAAUGAGUCAAUACAAUGUUUGGUCUUCACUUGGGGCGUCGCAGGUGUUGCCAUAAUGCUUUUUCAGCCCGAGCCACCAUCUGAGUCUCAUCUACACGGAUCAUCUGGAUUUGUGUAGAGCUGGUUUCUUGGGACUGCUGGGGUUUGAACUCCAGCCCACGUGUGUAUCUAUAUCUUGGUGUUGAUACAAUUUAGGAUGACUGAGUGAUCAUCUGUGUCACCAUGAUCUUAUAAACUCAUGUGAAUUUUAGUUUAAGCCGUUUAGUCCAUUGUAUGGAAAUAAUCGAAAAAAGGUAUCGGACUUUCAUAUUAAUUUAGAUAAUAAGCAUGUAAUGAGAAAUGUAAAUAGACUUUAUUUUGUGUUUGUGCUCUAAGAUGCGCAUUACUUUCGUGUUCUAUACUUUUUGGAAAAAAAAACAACCUUUGUGAUUGUUCCUUAAGAUCCCAAUCUCGUUGACGAUCGACGCUGUCAACAACUGCCUCUAGUGAAGACUAAAUAAGUUUAACAGUUUAUAAUAAACUUCAAUUGAAAAGGAGUUAUCAAUUUAAAAACGAAAUAUUGAUAUGGUCAUAUGCUUAAAAUCUAUUUAAGUCUAAAUUGUUGAACGCGUUAUCCCUUUUCCCAAAAGCUGUUAAAACGGAGUUCCUGACAACACUAAGCCUUAAUCAAUGUUACUUCCAUAGGUUCAAAUAUGAAUGCUUACAAUUACAAAACGUCAUCCGACCAUAAUGGGUGGUUAGAAAAACAAACUUUCAUCAUAAAUUGAUGUCAUGUGUAAAGUAACGAGCUGUCCUUUUCGGGAUUAUUCCUUACCAGAUACAUAUCACCAUUUUGCAAAUACAAGUUAAGAAAAAAUAAUAGCAUUGUUCAUUGUUCGUUUUAGAAAAACAACAUAGGCAAUAAACUCAUGACAUAACCCCCCCCCCCCUUUAAUUUUUUUUCAUUCCCCCCUUUAAUUUUUUUUCAUUGCAAAAACGUUAAUGAUUGUACUUCAAAGGAAUACAAAAGUUAAGCAACCAUAGUGCCAUCUCUGCCCCCUCCCUUGCGGCUAAAUUUGUAUUAAAGCAACACUGGUUUUCAUAAUACAGCUUGAAUAGUAUAGACAGAGCUGAGCCAGAGAAGAGCAGUGCCUACAGCGUAUGGCUGUAUAGAAGGCACUGCACCUGAAUACUUUCAAAAACUGAUUUCUAUUUAUAAACAUGUAUCCAUAAAGAACCUGCGUUCUUCUACAACAGUCUUUACCAAGAGAGUCCAGUGUGGAUGGUUACAGAAAGAAGUCGCGCUCUUUUGAAGCUAUUGCGCCUAAAUUAUGAAACAGUUUGCCAGAGUCCUUGAGGGGAAAUUGAAAAUUUUAAAAAUUCAUUUAAAAACAAUUUGAAGGCUCUUUUCUUAAAUGUAUCUUAGGACAUCAGAAAGCGGUGAGCUUGAUGAAAAAGCAUGGGUACAGGAGCUAGAAAAGUAUUCAAUCAUUAAUAAACUUUAAAAAAAAAAUAUUUUAAGAUAUCAAAUAAAAACAACUAAAAAUUGCAAAAGGAGAGAGGGGGCAAGUGUGAGAAAGUGAAAAAGAGAGGGUGUGGGACUGGUCAUUGGGACCCGAUCUAUUUUAUCAUGAACAUAACUAAAACGUGGCAGCGAAACGGCGUUAAAGAAGUGACGUCAUCGAAGUGGUGUAGGCCAAUUGUCGAUCUCCCUCUCUUUGCAAUAGUGCCAUGAAAAUAACGCACUGUACAUUCACCAAUAAAAUGAAAUCAACUCACACUAGUUACAUGCAAACUACCACUGUGAAUUGACCAGGUGUAAUACUUAAUUGUCCAAACUAUCUCAAGGAGUAAGUCCUAACAUGUCUUCCUAAUUCGAUUUCUUCACUUUGUUCGUUUUCUAUAAACAAACUAUUGCUUACACACUGUGUUAUAUAGAGCUUGUUUACAUAAUUUUUCUCAUGCGUAACAGUUUCAUCAGUGAUAUAUAAAAGCAAUUUGACCACUGCAAUUUACAGAUAAAACUUUAGAUCUGACUGACAGAACUAAACAACUACUGGGUUUUAAUAUUAUUAUAUGACAUUAACAGUUAUAAUUAGACAUGAUAUUUAAAACUUGCUCUAGUCCUUUUUCAAAUAAUGUUUUGUAAAACUUUGUUGUUUAAAAGAAGCAUGCAUAUUUAACUUUCAAUUUGUUAACAAGAAUCUUUCUUUCCUUGCACAGCUGGCGACCCUUGGCCCCAGCCUACGUAUUGAUAUGUUGAGCGUUGUUAGAUGUGCCCUCA